UUGGAACUGAGCUGUGGAACUGUACACUGAUUUAAAUUUGUUUCCAAAGCACCAAACAGAACUGCUUGUUCCUCCCAUUGCAGUUGUCACCUCCCCUCUGCUGUCCUCUCUGUUCAAGCAGCCUGGAAUGCUUCACUUCGACGCUGAAUGUUCCAUCUUACUUUUUCUUAUUCUGUUAACCAGGCAGAGUAAGGCAGGGGCAGUCUAGGAUCGCCCCGUACUCCCAUCCAGCUUCCUUGUUCCCCUACUGCCACACAACAUGCUGCCCAAAAUGAAGCAUUUUCAAAUCGGCUUUGGUGUUUACUUGCUUUAUUUGUUCUGCAUAGUUACACAAGCCCAGCAACAAUCAUUACAAUCAGCCGAUUUGACACAUGCCUUAAAUUUUAAAGAGUGUCCUGUGGAUUUGUUCCUUGUUUUGGAUACCUCUGAAAGUGUGGCACUAAGAGUCAGGCCAUUUGGGACCGCUGUUAUUGAUCACUUAAAAGGGUUCACCAAAGAAAUAAUUAAUAAAUUAGAGGAAAGCCAUUAUCCAUGUGACCAGCAGCUUGUAUGGAAUGCAGGAGCACUUCAUUAUAGUGACGAAGUAAAGCUAAUCCAGCACUUGAUCAGAAUGCCAACAGGAAAGGCACAGAUGAGCAAUAAUGUGGAUGCUAUCUCCUAUAUCGGAAGAGGGACCUACACUGACUGUGCCAUCAAGGCUGCCACGAGAGAGCUUCUUAUUCGUGGCUCGCACCGGAAGGAAAACAAGUAUAUGGUUGUUGUAACUGAUGGGCAUCCUAUAGAUGGUUACAAGGAACCCUGUGGUGGACUAGAAGAGGCAGUUGCUGAAGCAAAGCAUCUUGGAAUUAAAAUUUUUGCUGUGGACAUUUCACCACAACAUCUGGAACUACGACUUAAUAUCAUUGCUUCUGACCAGCAACAUCGACAAAACUUCACUGCAUCUCCAAAGACGUCUGAAGUGUUAGAGACAAUCAACACCAUCAUUAAAAUGAUUAAAAAUGUGGCCAAAGAAGUGUGCUGUACUUAUGAAUGCAGGGCACCAAGUGGACCUAAAGGAAGGGAUGGCGAUUCAGGCAGUAAGGGUGAAACAGGAAAACCAGGUCAACCAGGUACAAAGGGAGAAAUCGGUGAGCCUGGCAGAACAGGUGAUGUUGGACCAGUUGGUUACCAGGGCAUGAAGGGCGAUGAAGGAGAUCGAGGAGAGAAGGGUUGGAGAGGCCCUAAAGGAGUAAAGGGAGAAAAGGGAACAACUGGUAUUGAUGGCAUCGAUGGACAGAAGGGAGAAAGUGGCUUUGAUGGAUUACCAGGCUGCAAAGGUGAUGCUGGGCCAGAUGGAGCACAGGGCCCUACUGGUCCUAAAGGAGACCCUGGUUCUUAUGGUGAAAAAGGUAACAAGGGAGCACCAGGAAGAGAUGGAGAACAGGGUUCAUCUGGGGAACCUGGAGUCACAGGAGAAAGAGGAACACGAGGUGAUCCUGGACCAGCUGGAGAGACAGGAGAGAGAGGAGAUGAUGGUGAACCUGGACCAGAUGGACCACAAGGUGAAAAGGGACCACCAGGUGCUAUAGGAACAGCAGGAGCUCCUGGGAACCGUGGACCAAAAGGAGAAACGGGGCCGCCUGGUCUCCAAGGUGAAUCGGGCCGAGAUGGUAAUGCUGGACCUUCAGGUGACAAGGGAGAAGCAGGGCCUCCAGGCCCCAAAGGCUACAGAGGAGAAGAUGGUCCAAUGGGUCCUGAGGGUCCAAAAGGACUCAGAGGACCAAAGGGCUGCCAAGGAGAGGCUGGCUUAGCUGGAGAAAGGGGAGAUGAUGGUGACCCUGGCAAUGGGACAGCAGGAGAUCCUGGAUUCCAGGGCUAUCCUGGACUGAGAGGUGAUCCUGGAGUUAACGGAACCAAAGGUUACCCAGGGCCAAAAGGAGAUGAUGGAGAACCAGGAGAUCCCGGUGCUGAUAAUGAUCAACCUGGCCCGAGGGGCCCUAAAGGUGCUAAAGGAUACAGAGGACCAGAAGGGAAUCCUGGUCGCCCUGGACCACCAGGACACUCUGGACCAGAUGAUUGUGAAAUCCUCUAUGUAAUUGAACGCAUGUGCUCAUGUUGUGAAUGCCAGUGUGGUCCUAUUGACAUCCUGUUUGUUCUGGACAGUUCUGAAAGUAUUGGAGAUCAAAACUUUGGAAUUGCCAAAGACUUUAUUCUUAGGGUCCUUGACAGACUAAGCACACAGGAAAGCGUGAAGUUUGAUGACAGACAAUCACGAGUUGGUGUUGUGCAGUACAGCCACGGGAAUACACAAGAGAUGGUUGCCAUGGGAGACCCUAAAAUACAAACACUGUCUGAAUUAAAACUAGCUGUCAAAAACCUCAAGUGGAUUGCUGGUGGAACUUUCACUGGUGAAGCUCUGCAGUUCACCAAGGAGAAUCUUUUAGUACGAUUUGGUGCCUCUGAAAAACGAUUGGCUCUGGUGCUCACGGAUGGCCGUUCUGAUACCUCACGAGACACAAAACCUUUAAAUACACUUUGUGAAGUAGAUACCCAGGUACUUUCUGUUGGUGUAGGAGAUAUAUUCCGUUCUAAACCAAACCCAGAACAGCUAAAUGUAAUUGCCUGUGAAGGCCAGCCUACAACUCGGCCUACACUUUCACUUCAGAGGGACAAUUUUGCUGAGUUGCUUGAGGAUGCCUUCCUACAAAAUGUCACAGCUUUCAUCUGUAAAGAAAAGAAAUGCCCAGACUUCACUUGCCCAAUUGAAUUUCAGUCUGAUACAGACAUCACCAUUCUCAUUGAUGGCUCUGCUAGUGUGGGAAGUCGCAACUUUCAAACUACCAAGGCAUUAACAAAGCAAAUAGCAGAGAGAUUCUUACAUGCAAAGAAACCAAGUGAAGAUACAGUCCGAGUAUCAGUUCUGCAGUACAGUGACAGCAACACACACAAGCGAGAGGUUGCAUUUUCCAAUGAAUAUCCUAACGUAGCCAGUGCUAUUGACAAUAUGGAAUACAUCAACGGUGCCACCGAUGUGAUUAGUGCUCUCAAUUUUGCAAUACAGUUUAAUGUUGACACUGCUCGAGGAAGAGCGACAAAGAAGAUACUACUAUUUUCAGAUGGACGUUCUCAGAGGAUCACAGCAGCAGACAUUGAAAGUACAUUUAACAAGGCAAAUGAUGCAGGGAUUAAAAUAUAUGUCUUGGCGGCGGGCAGCCAAGUGAAUGAUGAAAAUCUUAAAGCACUAGUGUCAGGAAGAGCUGACAGGUAUACAGUUACUGAUGGCGGAAAACGCCUCUUUAAAGUUUUGGACUACCAAUCUCUGCUUAGGGGUGUUUUCUAUCGAACUGUGUCAAGGAAAAUAUCACUUGUAUAGUAGAUUUUUACCACCAAACCUUGAGUUAAACAGAUUUUUUUUCUUUAUUUUUAUGUUCAUUUUUUGUAACUUAGAACACUAUACAUGAAAGUAUUUAAUCUUGUCUUACUGAACAACAUGAACAAGACCUUGUGAAAUUGGUUUAUGACAGUCAAUGUAAUUUAACUGCAUAUAUUCAGAUACUUCUACAUCUGUUACCUACACAUUGCUGUCUAUUUCAUUUUUAUCUGUUAUUCAUCCAAGUACCUUGCACUGGAAAUAUCUAACCACUUCCUUCUCCCUACAGAUUAGAUUUAUAAUGUGUUCCAGUAUUGGAACAAGACUGCUUUUAACUCUUUUACUCUUGUAUGCUGAUUAUGGACUUUUUUUAUUUUAGAACAAUUUUAUAGCAGAGACAUGGUGCUUCUCUUAAAUCUAAAUGUGGACCUCAUUUGUUUUCCCAUACAGUGUCUUGUUUACAAUAUUAAACUGAAAUAUGUGCAUGAAUUAAGAAUGUAUAUUACCAUGUUUUUGUUUACAUGAGAACAUUUUUCAGAUAUGAAGAAGACAACAUGAAGGUGUAAAUUCUAUUUAAAAUGCAUCCAGGAAACUUGCACAAACCUUCAUGUUCAAAGAAGAUUAAUUAAAGGCUUCAAAAAAUGUUGAAGUUUUAUCAGUAUCAGACUAAUUAUUGUUCAUUUAAAAUUAUUGUUCACUUAAAAAAAGCAUUCUUCUUAUGAAGAAUGUAGAAAUCACGAAGCAGAGACAAAUUCAACAUCUUUGCGGAAGAAAUGAUCACAAACAUAUUAUUUAUAACACUGGCCCAAUUUAAGUGGAUUAUAAAUGGAAGUUCCAUGUGGUUAUAACAACACGAUUCCAUUAAAUAUCAUAAUGGUAAAGCUGUAAUUAAAUUGUUGACUUACACACAUUUGCAUUUUUUUCUUACUGGAAUCAGCUUUUCAGAUACUGCAGAACAUAUUUCAUUUGCCAGAGUUGAUACAACUAUAUGAAAACAAAAUAGUUUCAUCUGUUCUGUGUGGAUGGAAUUUCAAGCACUGUUUUAAUUUUACCUUUGGCAUUAGUUUGUUUGGGAAGAAGAAAAUUAUACAUGAGUCGUCUUAUCGUACUGGCUUCCAGUUUCCCACACACAUACAGCUAUGCAGUCAGACAAAUUAUCUCGUUAAUACUGGUAAAAUGUGGUGCUAGUUGUUCUUGCUAAAUUUUUAUUUCUGUUGUCCACAGUUUUAAUAAAUCUAAUGUACACAAUGUA